UAGUCACAGAAAUGACGGGCACAUUUUUGUACUUUGCGUAUGGAAGUAAUUUAUUACGACAAAGGUUGACCCUACAGAACCCAUCUGCUGUAUUCCAAGGUGUGGGACAUCUCAAGAAUUUCAGAUUGGAUUUCAAAUCCCCAUCAGACCCAAAAGGAUCUCGCUGGCGCGGAGGUGCUGCCACCAUUGAACCGCAUCCCGAGGGGACAGUUUGGGGGGUUAUAUGGAUGUUAGACAUUAAAGAUAAAUCCAGUCUUGACCGACAAGAAGGAAUAUAUGAUGCCAUAAAUGUGGACAUUAUUUCUCCUGACAACAAAAUAUACAGUAACUGUCGUACCUACGUCAUGCAGAAGGACUACAUCACUGAUCGCUAUGACAACCGCCCCUCUCCAAACUACAAAGAUGUUCUAGUUCGGGGAGCUCAGCAGAACAACAUACCUCAGACUUAUAUAGAAUUCCUACAGACUUUAGAAGACAAUGGAUAUUCUGGCAACAUUCCAGUGUACAAUCAAGUUUUGGAUUCUCUAAAACAAUCUUAAUUGUUGACACAGAUUUUUCCUAUAAUUUGGUCAUUAUAUGGAACAGGUCAAUGGCUUAUAAAAAUCUGUAAAAACUUGUGUAUUUAUAUGUGAUUUGAUUUUUUAAUAUCAAGACAGUUUCAAUAAUAAAU